UCUCCUCCUGUCUCUCAUGAGCAGAAGUAGGAGGGAGCGCGGAAAGGGAUGCAAGAUAAACGCCUGUGCCUCUCUCUACUGCAUGCAUGCAUGCAAUGCGUGCUGCAGACUAAAUAAGACACCUCCAGUUUUGGAUUAUCUGUCUGGUGGUGCGCUGACUGCCUCCAGACCUGGAGGCCACCCUCCUCCCUUUCACACUGAAGGAAGAGUAGAGUAGAGACGGUCUACUGUUUGCCUCCUGCAGACUCCAACCACUCCUGACUUCUGGUCCAGCGACAUGAAUAAGAUGAAGAACUUCAAGAGGCGUUUCUCACUUUCCGUGCCACGAACAGAGACGAUAGAGGAGAACGAGUUUACAGAACAGAUAAACCAGCUCAACAUCCACUGCAAUGACGGUGUGGUGCCCAAUAGUCUGGGUCUACACAGCCUGCAACCCAGUCCAGUGGCUCCAGACAGCCAGGAUCAAUCUCCGACCGAACUGCAGUACCGCAAAAAAGUCCAGCACCGCCGAUUCUCCAUGGAGGAUGUAACUAAGAGGAUGUCUCUGCCCAUGGAUAUUCGUCUCCCGCCAGAGUUUCUGAAGAAGUUGCAGAUGGAAAGCCCUCCACCGUGCAAACCGCUCAGCCGCAUGUCCAGAAGAGCCUCACUGUCGGACAUUGGCUUUGGGAAACUGGAGACCUAUGUGAAGUUGGGAAAACUAGGAGAGGUAAGAUGUUUUCAGUUCCCUGGGGGCGUGGGCUGUAUCCUGUACGAAAUGGCGACAGGCCGUUCCAUAUUUCCUGGAUCGACUGUCAAAGAGGAACUACACCUGAUAUUUCGGCUUAUGGGCACCCCAACUGAGGAGAGCUGGCCCAGAAUCACAGCUAAUGAGGAAUUCAAAUCCUACCUGUUUCCUCAGUACAGAGCACAAGCGCUCAUUAAUCAUGUGCCAAGGCUUGACACAGAGGGAAUAGACCUUCUUACGGCUUUUUUGCUGUAUGACACCAAGCGCAGGAUUUCCGCCGAGUCGUCUCUGAGACACUCUUACUUCCUGACUCUGGGCGAGAACAUCCACUCCAUACCUGACACCUCAUCUGUGUUUUCACUGAGGGAGCUCCAGCUACAGAAGGAUCCGGGACACAAGAGCUCAGUAUUCCAGCCGCCGGGUCGAGGCAAGAACCGCAGACAAAGCAUAUUCUGAAGACAAGAAACAAAGCGGUGUGCAUGAAGAGAUCACCAGAACAAAACCAUUAUGAAGCAAACAGCUUUGUUUCUCCAUCCAAAACAUGCAUGCAUCCAUUCACAAACAUGUACUUCAGAAAACAGAUUCAAUAGAAGUGAAUCAUCCUCAGUCAUAACAUCAGCUGGUUAAAAGUGUGGCCAAGGCUCAAUCAAAUCUCUCUUGCAGUCUCUUUUAAACCUAAAAACCACACCGAUCCUAAAGCUCAAAUCUUUAAAGACAUUUACCCCUGGUUUCACAGACAAGGCUUAAGCCUAGCUCCAGACUAAAAUGC